AUGCCGAAAAAGGCUGACGUGGAGGCAGAGCUGGAGUCCCAGGGCUUUGACCGCAUGACCAAGAAGAGCCAGGCCGGCUCGGAGUCUGGGUCGGCCGACGCCGCCGACGCAGGGGAGGAGGGCCCUGACGCCGACGGCGGUGACGUCAGUGGCGGCGGCAGCGGCGGCGCCAGGGGCGGCGCAAGCAGGGCCAGCUACGACUACCUGCUGUCCAUGGCGCUGUGGAGCCUGACGUAUGAGAAGGUGGCGGCGCUGCAGGAGGACGCGGACGCGGCCAGCGCGGAGGCGUUGUGCGGCACCUGCACAUCACACUAG